CAGGCGGGCGGAGCGGCGCAUCUGUACAGGCAGCUAGAGGAGAGGAGAGGAGAGGUGGAAAGGGAGAAGGAGAGAGGCGAACAGGACAAGAUGAGGACCGCGGCAGCAGCAAUGGAGGAAUCGACGUUUGGACGGGAAAAGACAGCCGAGAGGAAUUUACCGAGAAAGACCGACAAGGCAUGAGAGAGAAGGCUCAGGAGACGUGCCGUAUCGCCCCAACAUGGAGGCGUAGCGACAGUGGCAUGCAUUAGAAGAGAUCAUUUCAUUGUAGCCUAGCAGCAGCGGCACCAUCCGUCCGUCCAACCUGAGCGGAGAGGAGGAGGAGGAGGAGGAGGAGGAGGACAGAGGAGCAGAGAUGGUUUCUCAGGUUGUGCAGACCCUGCGUCAGGGAGUCUGGGCAUCUCUGACCGGGGGUUGGUACCACGACCCGGAGCAGAACAAAUUCAACAACUCAUGCCACCUCUAUCUGUGGAUAUUUCUCCUGAUGUUGCCUCUGUCUCUCCAUCUGGCUCUGCCCCCUACCACCAUGGCUUUGAGCAUCUACUGUACCUCCAUCACAGUCUUCUUCAUCCUAAUCAAGAUGGCCAACUAUCGGCUGCACAUGAUGUUCGACGAGGGUGAGGCGGUGGUCCGCAGCAGCCUCUCUGACCUCAGCAAGGCUCCAGAGAAGAAAAGCAAUGCCUCAGACUCCUGCCUGCACGCCAGUAUAAGGAAGAGCAGUACAGUCCCAGACAGUGUUGCCAUGACAAUGUUGGCUCGGAAGGGUCCCAGUCCAGUGAUACAGGUUACAGUGAAACAGACAGAAACGGACCCAGGACUGAUUGGGGUGGACUGUUCAAAGUCAGACGAGGGCGUGAAGACUUCGGAAGGACAGGGUGAGGGCGCUGCAGAUGAGAAGCCUGUAGAGCGAGGCCUGCAUCCAAGCCCAGAGCCUUCUCCAGAUGACCUCUCCAGUCCCAAUCCCGACCAGGCCGCCCCCCUGCUGCAGGCCCAGCAGAGGACCCCAUCCCGAGCUGAAAGAGAAGAGACGCGACCUGGAUCUGCCGGGGGUUCAGGGAAAAUGGACAUGGAAACAAUUGAUACUAGAACCGUGAAAGAAGGAACGGACAUGCAGACACUCUUAACGGGGGCCGACAAAGAGCGAUCAGAGCAGGAAAGGACAGCAGAAAAGGACAUAAUAGAAGAGGAGAAAGACUGCGAGGAUAAAGAGGCUGCAGAUAUGGAAACAGCUGAUGAAGGUCUGCCUCCUUCCAAGGGAAGUGGAGAUGAGAGUGAGGAGGAAAGCGAGGGGCAGAAAGAGUUUUCAGAUGCCAACAAUAAUUCACUGGAGACUCCCCAGGACUGCCAAGACGAUUUCAUCGACAUCCCUGAUCCUCCUGCCCAGGCUGAGCCAGUGGAGGAGACUUACUGUUCUGAUGAGAUUGAAGUGGUUCUGGUUGAUAACUCCGGCCCAGGGCCUGUGUCCGCUCACCUGGACGAGAGUGACACAGUCAAGAUCAUCAUCACUAUGAGCUGUGACCCUCAGACUGCUGCGAAGCUGGAAGAGAGCGUUAAGCAGAGCCUUCUGGAGAAUGCACAGGCUCAGAAGGAUGCAGGAGAGUGUCACAUCAAGAUCCCUGUCAUCACCUUUGACUCCCCCGAGGACGACAAGCAGGAGCUGGACGAGGAAGAAGAAGAAGAAGAAGUAGCGACUGGCUCUGAGGAAGACCCCACCCUGAAAAAACAACAGACAACAAGCCAAAGUGAAGAGUUUCACAUGUGUCGAGAAACAACCAGUUCUGAGUUCACAACAAUGGAGGGUCAGGAUCACGACCAGGAACAUCUUGGUCUACAGUUGACCAAUGACAGCACGCCAAGCCCACAGCUAACAAAUGAUAACAGCUCAUCGGGUAUCGAUGUCAACUCCCACCCCGAUGACACAGACCCUCUGGAUCCUAACGUGGAUUCACAAGGUUUUCUGCGUCUGCCGCCUGCCUUCGGCCGUUACGGUCCAGGGGGAAGGACUCACAUCCGCGGGCUGAGCAUGGACAGUGGCAAAGAUGCCGUGCUCCUUUCAGACCGAUCACAGAACACAGCCACCAUGACUAGUUCCAAGUCAGAUCUGGAAGCGAAGGAGGGCCAGAUACCCAACGAGUCCAACUUCUUGGAGUUUGUGUCCUUGUUGGGGUCUCUCAGUGCCAGAGGGGGGGCCGCCAGCACGCAGGAACAUGACGAGACAGAAUGCAAAGAGGAAGAGGGCACUGCAGAGGAAGCAGAGAACCUGAGUACGACUUCCAGACCAGACCAGACGAUAACAGAGCCAAAUACAGACAGCAAACCAGAGAGACCAAAACCACCUACCAGCCUCCCUACCGACAAACUGCAGGCCAAACCACCCACACAAAUCCCAAUAGUUUCCCCCGACAGUCCACAGACAGACAGAGAGAAGGAUCCAGACUAUGAUUCUCUGCCCUCGCAAACCUCCCAGUCCGAGAGCUCCAUGCUGCAGGUCAUCUGCAGACCAGAGGCCACAAACAAAGAAGAGGCCUACACCUUCCAUACUGUACACAGAGACAGGCCUCGUAAGCUGUAUGCAGAGAGAGCUCUAAACCUGCCGCUGGGAGCUGAGCUCAUCACUGGCAACAUGUGUGACCUGCUGUCAACUUCUUCAAACUCAGAGUGUCAGGAUGGCCUUGCAGGUGGUCACGCUGACUGCCCUUUCCAACGACGCAUCAUCCCUGCCCACAGGCUGCGGCCUCGAAGGACACAUCCUGAGAUCUUUCAGGAAGAGGACUCUUUGGAUGAUUCGUCAGAGACUUCCACUCAGGAGAAACCGGCCAGGAAGAUUUAUUACAAACUAAAACUGUUUCCUGGGAAGUGGAUCAACAUUUUAUAUGACCGACUCACCCUGCUUGCCCUUUUGGACAGAAACCAGGAUGUUUUGGAGAAUCUGGUCGCCGUCUUCAUGGCCUUCCUGGUUUCUUUCCUGGGUUUUGUGCUUCUAAACCACGGCUGCUUCAAAGACUUCUGGGUCUUCCAGUUCUGCCUGGUCAUCGCCAGCUGCCAGUAUUCCUUACUAAAGAGUGUUCAACCAGAUGCAGCUUCACCGACACAUGGUCACAACCAGUUGGUGGCUUACAGCCGGGCUGCCUACUUCUGCAUCUUCUGCACUCUGAUCUGGCUGCUGGAGCAGCUGCUGAGGAUGAAGGACCUUCCUGUCUCCACCCUGUACGGAGUCACCAUAGUCUGCCACGACGCGCUGCACUUCUUAAGAGACAUGCUCAUGGGUUUUACCUACUGCUUCCCAAUCACCUUCCUGGUGGGCCUUUUCCCUCAGAUCAACACCUUCACCAUCUACCUGCUGGAGCAGAUCGACAUGCAUCUGUUUGGAGGAACAGCUGCUACGAGUCUGGUCUCUGCAGUCUACAGCAUCCUCCGCAGUCUGAUCGCUCUGUCUCUGCUCUACGGUUUCUGCUUCGGAGCUCUCAAGGAGCCGUGGGAUGAGCAGCACACGCCGGCUUUGUUCUCUGGAUUCUGCGGCCUUUUGGUGGUCUUCUCCUACCACCUCAGCCGACAGAGCAGUGACCCCUCUGUGCUCAUGUCUCUGAUCAAGUCCAAAAUAAUGCCCGCUUUGGUGGAGAGCGAGGAAGAGGAGGAGGAAGACACAGACAUCAAAGACCCACUUCCUGACAAACUGCAGAGCUCGAUGAAGGAGAUUCUGCUGUCGGAUGUGGUUGUGUGCUCUGUCGCCUACAUCCUGACCUUUGCCAUCACUGCGAGUACCGUGUUUCUGUCUCUCAAGCCUUUUGUGACCAUUGUGCUGUACGCUCUGGCGGGGACAGUGGGGUUUGUCACCCACUACCUGAUCCCCCAGCUGAGGAAGCACCACCCUUGGUUGUGGAUCUCCCAUCCAGUACUCAAGACAAAAGAGUAUCACCAGUUUGAACCCAGAGAGGACGCUGUGCUGAUGUGGUUUGAGCGGCUUUACGUCGGGCUCCUGUGCUUUGAGAAGUAUGUGGUGUACCCAGCCAUCAUUCUGAGCGCACUAACUAACGACGGAUUUGCCCUAAGUCACCGCAAGAAGCUGGGAAUUCACUGCGAUGUACUCCUGACGACAGUCGCUGGAUUGAAACUCUUGCGUUCGUCCUUCUGUGAUCCGAGCUUCCAGUUCCUCACCCUGCUCUUCACGCUGGUCUUUUUCCACUUUGACUGUCCGCACGCCUCUGAGAGCUUCCUGCUGGACUUCUUCAUCAUGUCUAUAGCUUUCCACAAGAUGCGAGAGCUGUUGCUGAAGCUUCAUUUCAUCCUCGUUUACAUCGCUCCGUGGCAGAUUGCCUGGGGCAGCGCUUUCCAUGCCUUCGCUCAGCCGUUUGCUGUGCCACACUCUGCCAUGUUGCUGCUCCAGACUUUGCUCACCACUGUCUUCUACACACCGCUGGCUCCCUUCCUGGGCAGCGCCAUCUUCAUAUCCUCCUAUCCUCGGCCAAUAAGGUUCUGGGAGCGAAAUUACAACACAAAGCGUAUAGACAACUCUAACAGCAGACUGGUGUCCCAAGUGGAUAAGGAGACAGGGUGUGAUGACAGCAACCUGAACUCCAUCUUUUACGAGUACCUGACCCGCUCGCUGCAGCAUUCUCUGUGUGGCGACCUCAUGCUGGGACGAUGGGGCAACUACAGCGCCGGAGACUGUUUCAUUCUGGCUUCUGACUACCUCAACGCCCUGGUCCACCUCAUCGAGAUCGGCAACGGUUUAGUCACUUUCCAGCUGAGAGGCCUGGAGUUCAGAGGUACUUACUGCCAGCAGCGAGAGGUGGAGGCCAUCACGGAGGGCGUGGAGGAGGACGAUGCAUGCUGCUGCUGCGAGCCGGGUCACUUACCCCACAUGCUGUCGUGCAAUGCAGCCUUCAACCUGCGCUGGCUGGCCUGGGAGGUGAUGGCCACCAAGUAUCUGCUGGAGGGAUACAGCAUCAGUGAGAACAACGCUGCCACCAUGCUGCAAGUGUACGACCUCAGAAAGCUCCUCAUCACCUACUACCUGAAGAGUAUAAUCUACUUCCUGGUCCACUCUCCAAAACUAUCCACCUGGCUCAAAGAUGCCUCCAUUGAGGAGGCGCUGCAGUCGUACACAAAGUGGCACCACAUCGAACGUGACCCUCAGGUCUUCAGUGUGAAGAUCGAUGAAGACUACGUGCACUGCCUGCAGGGAGUGACCCGCGCCAGCUUCUGCAACGUCUACCUGGAGUGGAUCCAGUACUGUGCAGGGAAGAUGGAGACGCCUGUUGACAGCGAUGAGGACUCUAGCUUGGUGACUUUGUGUUACGCUCUCUCAGUCCUGGGAAGGAGAUCUCUCGGCACCGCAUCACACAACAUGUCCAACAGUCUGGAGUCAUUUCUUUACGGUUUCAACACCCUGUUUAAAGGCGACUUCCGCAUCGCCACCAAAGACGAGUGGGUUUUUACUGAUCUGGACCUCCUGCAGAAAGUGGUCGCUCCUGCAGUCAGAAUGAGCCUCAAACUGCAUCAGGAUCACUUCACCUGUCUGGAGGAGACCGAGGAGGCAUCUAUCUUGUACGAAGCCAUCACCAACUACCGCAGCAGCCUGGUCAUCUGCCACGAGAGUGACCCCGCCUGGCGUAAGGCUGUGCUAUCCAGCCGCGACACGCUGCUCACACUCAGACACAUGAUCGAUGACGGCACGGACGAAUAUAAGAUCAUCAUGCUGUACAAACGCCACCUAAGCUUCAAGGUCAUCAAGAUCAAUAAGGAGUGUGUGCGUGGACUGUGGGCGGGUCAACAGCAGGAGUUGGUGUUUUUACGGAACCGAAACCCGGAGCGUGGUAGCAUCCAGAACUCAAAGCAGGCGCUGAGGAAUAUGGUCAACUCGUCCUGCGACCAGCCACUGGGCUAUCCCAUGUAUGUGUCACCACUUACAACAUCAUACGCAGGGACUCACCGCACGCUCCGCAGUAUUGGAGGAGGAGCUUUAAGCCUGGAUGUCAUUCGUUCCUGGCUCUGCACGAAAUGGUUACGGGUGCGUAAGGACAACUUAACCAGCUGUAACAGCGGCGUGAACAUGGAGGAUGUGGACUGCGGCGCUGGUGGUUCUUCCUCACUGAGCAACAACCGCCCGUCCUCCGUCACGUCCAACAGCCUGAGCCUCUAUCAGCACAGAGCCAGGACGACACACAGCCACAGACACCACAACGCAGCCAGGAGAGAAUACCGCAGUCGGUCAGUGCAGCCGCAGAGUCAGCGUCCCCCAGUCACCAGCCAAUCAGGGCCCAUCCUGGACUCAGGCUCCACCCACGGACUCGUGCAGCGUCUGUCCAACAGCCAGCUCUCCUUCAACACUUCCAUAGCCUCCAUUUUCUCCCAGGUCCCUCGUCUGUCAGGGGCCGGUGGGAUCAGCUCUCAGCUGCAGACAGCGCAGCAUCAGCAGCGCUCCAGCCAGGUUUCUUCAUCUUCAUCCACUCUCAGCCUGCUGUUUGGGAAGCGGAGUUUCUCCAGUGGACUGGUAAUCUCGGGGCUAUCUGCGGCUGAAGGGGGAAACACGACCGACACGCAGUCCUCGUCCAGCGUCAACAUCGCAAUGGGGCCCUCACACAGGUCCAGCAGCAGAGCCACACAGUGGACAUCAGAGGCUUACGAGAGCAUCGAUGCAACCUACUCCAAUGCUGUUACAACAGUGAAAGACGGCGUGCAGUCAGGUGACCGAGGCUGCAGCCAGGGAUUAGACAAGACCCUGGAGGACUCAGCGUCUGCCUCAACAGCUCCAGAGGCGACUGAUCAAAAGACUGUGUAGGGAGAGAACACACACACACAUAACACACACAGACGAGUGUCCAUACACAUGCCCAUAUACAGGCAGGACUGUAUCAAAAAAAAAAUGACACACACACACAUACAUUCAAAGGAUUGUAUGACAGAGUACCCAUGCACACCAACCUGCCUCCUCUCCUGCCCUCAGCAUGUGGUCUCACCUUGUUUGUCGGAAUGUAAACAAGUCUGAAAACAAGCUCUUGGAUCCGGUUGAUGAAUUAAAGACAUUUUUAAAUGAA